AUGUUCACGUUGCCGGAAGAUCCUUACAAGAUCCUCGGCGUGUCCAAGAAUGCACUACUCCCAGAGAUCCGGUCGGCGUACCGGAAACUCGUGUUGAAAUGCCACCCGGACAAAGUCGCAGACCCAGGAUUGAAAGCCGUCAAGCAGGAUGAGUUUCAGAAGGUCCAAAAGGCAUACGAGAUGCUCUCAGACGAGAACGAGCGGCAGAAGUACGAUGACAUGGUCAUGGCGAACAACAUGGAGAGAGAAAACGCGCGCAAGCGCGCCGACUACUCCUACGCUAGCCGCACACCACCGCGCCGUGAGGAUGGCUAUCGCGAUUACAAGAUCAGGACUGCAAACCCGCCCGAGUUCACGAGAUCCUCCUCAUUCCCAGCAUCCAGUCCUUACACUUAUAACACCCCGCCCUCCUCAACCGAAAACCAUUCCAGCGACUCCGCUCGGGACCACCGUAGUUCGAAGAAGAAGGAUUCUGACAGAGAGCGGGACCAUCGAUCAUCGAGACGAGAAGAGAAGGAGCGGCAGAAGAGAGCAGAGGCCGAGCAGAAGAAAGCACAGGCCGACUGGGACCGCGAUCAAGACCGGUCAAGAAAAGCAGAGGAAGAACGACUGCGAAAGGACAAGGAGCAUCGAAAGGAAGAUAAAAAGAGAACCGAAAAGGAUCGCGACAGGGAGCGCAGACGGGAUACUGAGGACAAACGCGCACGUCAGAAGCCGUACAUGGAGGACGUUCACGAGCACCCACAACCACACGUAAUUGACGUUGAGCCGCCCAGGUCGGACAAGAAACCCAAGAGCAGCCGUCCAAAACAUGAGAAUGAGGCUGAGCCACCCGUCUCGGCUGCGGAAGCCACAGAACGUGAAAAAAUGACGGCCGACCGCAAGACCGCCGACAACCUCGAGUUCGCAGCUAAUUAUCUGGCGAGAAGCAAAGCACCCAUGCUCAACAAGACAUAUGCCUCCCAACCCACGCCCUUUGUCCAUACCGUCACGCCUCCGGCUGCUGCGCCCACGCCACCUCCAGUGACUGGCGCCAUGCCUCCCCCCCCACCGCCAGUCGGUAGAGACCGGAGAGAUAAUUACGGGGAGGAAGACCCAAGGAGACCGUCAGCAAAGAUGUCGAGCCGACGUGGGUCCAUUGAUCCUCGAACCAGGGAAAAGGUCUCAUCGCACAAGAAGUCGAGCUCAUCCAGGCUACCGACCGACGAAUAUUUUUCGCCACCCAAAUUGAAGAAGUCAUCCACCAUGCCAACUCAGUAUGGUGCACCUGUCUCUGGCUCCCCGCCUAGGAUCAGUCGGACCAAAACAGAUCAGCAUUACGCACGUCCUACUCAGCACAUGCCGGGUAUGAUGCGCUCCCAUACUUCGUAUUCCGAAGAUGCCUAUGAGCGCAGCCGGUCGAGGCGUGCUUAUCACUACACAGACGACGAAUCUGAAGAUGACCUUCAUUAUCGAGGCCAUAUGCGGAGAACUCACUCGCCCGAAGUUGACCCUGUGUUAAAAACCUUCCGCUACGCCGUCAGCGACAACAAAACCAUCCCGGUGAGCCACAAAAAUUAUUACGCAUCUGAAGCGAAUACUGGGCGUCCUCUGGAACGACGGCCCGCGAUGCAUUCGCAGGAUAGUUACACCAGCCAAGGGAGCCAAAUCUUUGGAAAGGUGAAGACUUCGAAGUAUGGUGAUGUCACUUAUGGGGACGUGCCACAUGCCCCCUAUGAUAAGCAUUAUGGUAGGGGGGAUGGCGUGUACUCGUACUGA